GUCACUUUUUUCAGGGCCGUUGUAACUUUGGAACGGUUACUAAAUGAACGGUUGUAAGUCGAGGUAUAGUGUACAGUAUCCCUCAGUGGGAGAAUUUAUGAGCCUGCAAGGGAUCGGUAGAGACCUGAACGACAGAUCUCCGAUUGGUGUUUUUAUUGUGAUAGUGUUGUGGCCCGUACGCGGCUUGUGCAGCUAGUAGCUGAUUCAGACAGCGAGGAGGCUGGUGUAGUGAUUCGCCAGUAGCCUGUGCAGCUGGCAUUCGAGUCAGACAAUGAGGAGGCUGGAGAAGAUGUGGUGCCAGAGGCAGGGACUCAGCCAGGGCCUUCAGAACCUCCAGAAGCUCCCUUAAGUGAAGAGGAAAAAGAGGAGGAGCCUCUUCUCGAUGCACGGGCGCGCAGAGCUGCCAAAAGGCAGGAGUGGCUCCUCAGGAGAAGGUCUCCUCGAAAGUAAGGUUUGGGGCUAAUUGGCCACUCCCCUAGCCUAUUUAAGGAGGAACGCCGACUGAACCAAUUUGCAGGGAACAACUUAGUUCACAUACCUUUGUGUUUUGUCUUGCUUAUCUUAUCAGCUUCCUGCAAAUUGCUUCUGGGCAUUCUGCCAAUCAUAGUAAGCUUUCAGUUAUUAUUCUUUGAAUUCUUGGCGGUGUUAAUGCAAUUAAUUAACAGCCGUUGUUGUAAAAGACUAGUUUAUUCAGUAAACUAAGGUUUGAACGGACUUUGUGUGCGCUGUGUUCUUUGGGGUCCGUAGCUGGGGCAGAACAGAUGGACUAGAACAAGGGUCUGCAAUCUUAAGCACUCAAAGAGCCAUUUGGACCCAUUCCCCAUAGAAAAGAAAACACUGGGAGCCACAAAAUCUGGGUGGGUGUGACCAACUCAACGUCACUCACUCCCAGUCACAUGACUCCCAGCCACACCUACCCAGGUUUUGUGACUCCCAGUGUUUUCUGUGGGAAACGGGUAUUUUUGUCUGUCUCUCUCUGUCUCUGUCUCUGUCUCUCUCUCCCCUUCUGUGUGUCUUUCUCUCUCUCUGUCUCUCUUUCUCUAUCUCUACCCCUCUGAGCUGGUCAGGAACACGGUUGUUAAGUGAUCUGGCUUCCUCAUUGACUUUGCUUGUCAGAAGGUCGUAAAAGUUGGUCACAUAACCCCAGGACACUGCCACUGUCAUAAGUAUGACAGAGCCUGGUGGCGCAGCAGACUAGUAGCCUGUUAUUAACAUUCAGCUGCCUGCAAUUACUGCAAGUUCGAAUCUCCCCAGGCUUCAAGGUUGACUCAGCCUUCCAUCCUUUCUAAGGUAAGGAAAGAACUUCUCGCUAGCUGGAAAUCAGCCAGUCUUGCCUCUUGGGUGACCGUGUCCUUCAGCCGGUGUUACCAAGCAACAAUACGUUGACUUUGUAGAAUCAAGAACUUGAGCCUCUGGGCUUUCUCGCCUCUUCAGAUUCCAGCUGUGUUGGUCCCUGAAGAUGAGGACCAAGCAAGGAGACCCUUUGCCUGCGAGCCCAGAGUUGAGGGACAGGCUGAAGCAGGAAGAGAAAAUGUGUGAACUGGAUGUGGUAGGCCCCCAAAUGGCUCCCCAGGCCUCUCCAGCCUUCCAGCCUGGGAAUAGCAGGGGGAAAAAGGGAGCAGCCAUCUUGGAUGAAGAGAAUGCCGUCCGCUUGGACACAUCCCAGGAUCAGAUGCAAAACCAGGAAUGGCAAAGGCAAAAGCUGCUAGAAGAUCUCUUACUGGGGAAAGCAGAAGAAGAUCAGGGACCGGUGACUUUUGAGGAAGUGGCCGUGCGCUUCAGCAAGGGCGAAUGGGGGAUGCUGGAUCCAGAGCAGAGGGCGCUCUAUCAGGAAGUCAUGGUGGAAAACUACGGGACCCUGGUCUCUUUGGGUGACACCUGGGGGAAUGAUGGCAAGAAUAGACCGGUUGGGAUGGUGGCCAGUGAAGGACCAGGGAAAGAAGUGGAAGACAAUCUGUGGAAUCAGAGUGGGGGAAAGGAAGAAGAAGAAGAGACUCAACCAACUGAGACAUGGCCAAAGGAAUCAGCAGAGGACGAGACAGUUGCUGGACAUAACGAGACAGUUACUGAGACCACUGGAGACCUCGUGUCCAAGGAGUCCCCGCAGGCAUUGCCAGGAAGAUCACCAGGAAAGAUCUCUUUUGUGAUGGGGACGACUGAAAGUGACCCUUGUGAAAGCGGAAGUGAAUGGGAGCCGGUGCUGUCAGAAGAUACAGAGGACGAAGAAGAUGCAGUAGGCCAUUUUGGGAACCUGAAAGAGCCAGGAAAGAGUAAAGAAGGCCAACCCGAAGAGUGGCUGAAUAAAGACAGUUCCCAGGGAAGCGACUACAGUGCCAUGCUGGCGCAACAAAAAACCUACAAGGGCAAGAGGAAGAACCAGUGCAAAGUGUGCGGGAAAAGUUUCACCCGGAAGGCGAGCCUGAAAGUUCACCAGCGCAUCCACACGGGCGAGAAGCCCUAUAAAUGCACCGUCUGCACCAAGGGCUUUUGCGACAAAACCAGCUUCCUUCGCCAUCAGAGAAUCCACACCGGGGAGAAACCUUACAAGUGUCCCGAAUGCGGGAAGAGUUUCAAUCGCACCACCAACCUGAUUACCCAUCAAAAAACCCACGUGGAAAGCCGGGAAAAGACCUUUCACUGCUCCAGCUGCAGCAAAAGCUUCUACAACAAGUACAGCCUGAAGACCCACUGGCGAAGCCACACCGGGGAGAAGCCCUACAAGUGCUCCAGCUGCAGCAAGAGCUUCUGCGACAAGUCCAACCUGGAGGCCCACUGGCGCGUGCACACCGGGGAGCGGCCGUUCGAGUGUUCGGAGUGCGGGAAGAGCUUCAGCGACCGCCGGACCCUUCUUCGCCACCAGAGGAUCCACACUGGGGAGAAACCCUACCGAUGCACUGAAUGCGGGAAGAGCUUCAACGACCUGGCCACGCUCCUCCGUCACCAGAAAAUCCACACGGGAGAGAAGCCCUACCGGUGCACCGAGUGCGGGAAGAGCUUCAACCAGAGCUCGCACCUCAUCCGGCAUCAGAAUACGCACGACGCCAAGCGCCAUAAAACCUUGGAAGCCAAGCGUGGCGUGAAGGCUUCCGUCGGGACCAAUAUCUUUUUGGAUAUUGGAAGCUUUGCCCAGGGGAACUAUUACCAGUACGAACACCCCGCCGAGCCGUUUCACUGGCCCCUUUCGACCUACUCGUCUCCCGCCGAGCCGGGAGAAGCCGGCAUGCCGAACCUGUGGACAAUUCAGGAGACCUCGGUGGGCAAGCAAGCCAUCCUGGUUAUGAAAGAAUUUACAGAGGAGAGGACCUUAGCCCUGUGAAGGCUCUGAAUGGAGGAGAAAAAUGAAACCUGUAUUUUUUUUCUCCCCAAAGGCAGGUUCAUUGAUCUGAAAUCACAAAGCAGGGAUUUUAUUUUUAUUUUUUUUUGGAAAGAAACCGGUUUCUUUCAAAAAGAUAUCAGUUCCACAAGGAUGGCAUGAAAUCCUCUGGACUCCUUCGCUCACUGUUUGGCUUGUGGCAAUGAUUGGAGAGAGAUUUUUUUUUCUUUCUUUCUUUUUUCUUUCUACAAAGACUCAAUUUAGAGAGUAAGCUUGGGGAGGGGAGGAAAAUAUACCAAGAACUAACUUUAAGUUUACGAAAAUUCUGCUCCUCAGGUAGCAGGUUCAGCUCGCACGGUUUGGUCCCUGGGGCUUUAUUUCCUCAGUCCACUCGGAAGCAAAGAGAAGAAUUGAAUUGAAACCGUUGAAAGGAAAGACAGCCAAUGUCUUUGAAAAGAGGGUGUUUUCCUCCCCCGUUUUUCCAAUGGGAUCCUUUUUAGUUGAAUCAGGAGAGAACCAUUUGUUCUCUUCCACUUGCUCUGACUCCCUCUAACAAACCCAGGUUUGAGAGGGAUGUGACAGUAGGACUUUCUGGUGUUUGGUAAAUAAAAGGACAGCCUCUUUUGUCAGCUGAAUAGAAACUGAAGUAUGCAAAAAGAUGGCAGGCGAGGUCCAGAGAAAGCUAAAAAAAAAAAAUAGCAUUGGGGACGUGAUGCGAGAUCACUGUCUCGCAAAGACAUUUUUUUUAAUUGCUCGGUUUUUCAAAGAAGGAGAUUUUCUAAAGGAGGGUUUCCCAACUCUGAUGACUGGACUUCAACUCCCAGAAUUGCCCAGCAUUUCCCAGGAAAUCUGGGAGUUAAAGUCCAAGCAUCUUAAAAUUGCCAAGUUUGAAAAAGCCCGAAAGGAAUGCUGCCAAAAUUAUGAACCCAUCAUGGAUAAUAAGUGUGAAUGCAUGAAUAGCCAGGAGCAUCUUAGAUUUUCAGCAUGCUGUUUUUUUUAAAAAAAACAAACUGUCAAUCCUAAUGCAGCACAGGAAUUAAGCAUGUUAUGGCCAGUUUAUUUUAGUGGGAAUCAGUAUGCUUGACUACAGCUGCAGAAAGUUGUAACGAUCAAAUCGAUUUAAGGUUGCCACCUUGUGCAGGUUGAACGAAAGGCAGACCCUUGUAGGAAUCUGAGAAAAAGAUGAGAUAAUGCUGCAUUAUUAUUUUUUUACAGCCAGACAUGAAUCCUCUCGAAUGCUGGUAAGGAGAUUUCCAGUGAGAUACAGGAACAAUUCUAGCGCAGGAAAAUGUCUGCAAUGGAAACAGAAUCCGUUUGCUUGUCUGAGGAAAAGCAUCAUGGGGAAGGCUUGCUUUAUUUAUUAUUUUUUUAAAAAUCCCUCCCCUAUUUUUUUUAUACAUAAAUACUCUUUCCUCCUCCUAUUUUCCCUACAACAAUAAUAACAACCGCUUUGUGAGGUGGGUUGGGCUGAAAGAGAGGGACGGGCCCACGGUCACUCAGCCGGAUUUCGUGGCUAAGGUGGAACCACAACCCAAGCUCUUCGAUUCCCUUGAAUUUGCAAGUUAAUUUCAGGUAAAAAAAAUUUCUAGCCUGGAGUCAGUGCUGGGAUUCAGCCGGUUUGAGAAAACCGGUACUUAAAUUGCUGACUGGCUCUGCCCUGCCCCGCCCCUUCCAAGAGUCCCCACACGCCCCAUUUUGGCUUCCAAAUAAGUUCAGGGAGGCUUCCUAGGCCCAAAAUGGCAUGUGGGGGGUGCGACGCACUCCCCCCGCGGCCCGUUUUCACUCCCAGGAGGACUACUGGGCCCAAAAUGGGGUGCGGGGGGGCAGCACUCCCCCCCUCCACGGCCCGUUUUCGCUCCCAGGGGAGUGUAGGAGGCCGAGUGCUCGAGUGCUGCCUGUCACAAACCCUGGCCAUGCCUACCAUGGCCACGCCCACCCAGCCAGUCAUUAUGGCAGAGAAUCGGUUGUUAAAUUAUUUCAAUCCCACCACUGCCUGGAGCCUUCGCCACUAGGCCAAACUGACUAUUGUCACCAUCUUUGGAGUCCAAGACGGCACCAGCAGGCCAUUUCAAACAAUUGUGAAAAUGCCCCCGUUUUGCAAGCUAGAUCUUGCCCGCUUGGUGACUUAACAACUUGAAUGCAGUUGCUUUAAAGGGAAUAAACUGCCAAACGAUCCCUGUCUCACGCGAUUGCCAGAUUUGGCAGCCCCCUCUGGAUUGCUCAAAGCGGAAUGUCAGAAUCUCAUGGAAUCUGGUGUCGAGAUUUGAGACUGGACCCGAUUUGAACAUGAGGGAUCCUUGAUGCUCUCUGAGCUUGGUUGUUUUCAUGCAGACGUUUCAUUGCCCAGACUAGGGGACAUCAUCAGUGCUAGUCCUUUAAUAUUUUCCUUUAUAAAAUUUGAAUAAUUUAUAAAGAGGGGUGUUUUAAAAAUGGGCCUUCCGUGUGGGUGGGCCCCUGUUGCAUGGCUGACUUUAAAAGCAAAGGCUGUUUGCGAAACAAUUCCAUUAUACAGGUAGUUCUCAAGUUACAAUUGUAAUGGAGCCUGUCAUAACGGUCGUAAAAUGGGUCAGUCACCAACCUGAUUUUGAGAUGCUUUUUGCAGUGGUUAUUAAGUGAACACGGCAGUUAUAAAACAAACGCAGCGGUCGUUAAGCGGACCCAUUGUUUGCUGUGGUGCAAAAUGCCGUCACACGAUGCUUCAAAUGAGGCCAUGUUGCCAAGCACAGUUGUGUGAUUGUGUGUGGGGGGAUGGGGGAAAACGACCGUUGACCUGUCGUAAGUCUCCUUUUUCAGGAAGGUAAUAACUUCAUAGGGUUUCUAAAUCACUGGUCAUAAAUCAAGAUUACGUUCACCUACGUAGACUAAAACUGACUACAAUGUAAGCUGGCUCUUAAGGCAUCAGGGGGCUCUGGUUGUUGUUUUUAAUGACAGAAAAUACCAGAUUUUCAAAUUUUUAGAACAGGAGAUAUCACUUAGGGUUUUUUUUUUACACAGACUGGGAUACUUGUUAUGAUUCGAGGCUGGCUUUUCUUCCUAAGCAUCAGCAAUUCCGAAAUGUUGCAAUACAGAUAGUCCUCGACUUAACAAACAAUUCAUUUAGUGACCGUUCAAAAUUACAAGGGCACUGAAGAAAGUGACUGAUGACCAUUCUCACAUACAACUGUUGAGGCAUCUCCAUGUAAUCAAAAUUCAGCCGCUUGGCAGCUGAUUUAGAAAGGCUUUCCCACCCAGAGCUCUCGAUACGUUGCUGUGGCUGAUGGGUAUAGCAGGGCCUAAAAGAUCGUGCCAUUAAGCGUAUUAAGAAGAAUAAGUGCAGGGAGUGGUGCGGUGGCCUAGAUGAGGCUGUGAGUUCGAUCCUAAGUAGAGGCAGAUAUUUCUCUCUCUGGGCACAAUGAGAAUAUAUCUGCUGAACAAAGCUCCGCGUUGGCGUCAGGAAAGGCAUCCGGCCAGUCAACACUCUGCGAGCUCCAUUCAGUUGCCCAGAUUCUACCCCACAAGGGAUGAUGGGGUGGUUAAAAGAAGAUGAUAGAAGAAUAAGUGCAGGAUUGGGGUCUCAUAGGACCUGAGCACAAAUAAGGACCAUGUGAGGAUGUCACACAACAGAGAUUCAGUGGGAGUUAGUGUAAGCAUUUGAAUGUUGAGAGAUUUGAGGGGUUACGUCUUAUUCAAUUCAGGCUUUUUGUAAAUUAAAGAAAGGAGAGCCAGUUUGGUGUACUGAUCAAAGGCAUCAGGCUAGAAACUGGCAAACCCUCAGUUCCAGCUCUCAGCCCUAGAAAGGAGGCAAUGGCAUACCUCUUCUGAAAAUAUUGCUAAGAAAAACGCAGGGAUUUGUCGUCAUUGUCCCUGGGAGUCAAGAUGGACUCCAAAGCGCAAACACGCACACAAAAGUCGCAACUUCCAUUUGAAAUAUUUUUUAGCCGUAUUUCAUCCGAUGAAAUCACUGAGGUGAAAAUGCACAGGCAGGUUCAUUAAAAAAAAAAAAAAUCACGUUUCUAAAACAAUUAGAAAUGGCCUGCGGCAAGCCCCUUCUUACAAAUGCUGACAUUUAUUGGUUAACGAUGGAAAUGAGCUGCUGGUAGAGUUUGAGGCAGAGAAUGAUGGGCUUAUGCAGUUCUACAACGGUAAAAAUUAAAUUUUCUCAAGGGGCCUCGGUUCUUGAAGCUACUUGUGAGAUUUUCUGGGAACUGUAACAUAGAAUGGUACUGUGGUGCAGGUUUUGGGAACUUGUGAUCAGACAUAUGCUAAUAUUUUUUAUUUACCUGCAAAGGGAUAGAGAGAAGGAUGGAUUGAGGUCAUUUACCAAAGGUACUUGAAACUGAAAUCUGUAAACAGGAUUUUUUUCAAAUGGCCAUCACAUUCAUCCAUCCUCUUCUGAGUUUUAAACACUGACGUUUAUUGAGUUUCUGAUUCUAUUGUACGUUCUGUAUUAUUUUUAAGUUUAGAUUGUGUGUGUUAUCCAUGCUUAGUUUUAAGUUUUCACUAUUUAUAUUACAUUAGUCUCUCUUUCGUUUUUAUUUUAACCCUGAGGUCUUUCCAGCACAACAAACUUGUUAAGUUACACUGUAAAACCCAGCACUUUGAUUCCCUUGAAUUUGUGAGGUAAUUUCAGAUUAAAAAAAAAAAAGGGCAACUGAAAACUAAUCACUGUAACCCUUCUGAAAAACUCGCAGUGGAAGGGAGAAAUUUUCUUGGACGGAGAGAAUCUAUUCUGAAAAUGUUGCAAUACAGAUAGUCCUCGACGUACAACAAUUCGUUUAGUGACUGUUCAAAAUUAAAAACGGCACUGAAAAAAGUGACUUACGACCAUUCACACUUAUGACCGUUGAAGCAUCCCCAUGGUCACAUGAUCAAAAUUCAGCUGCUCGGCAACCGAUUCGCAUUUAUGACGGUUGCAGUGUCCCGAGCUCAUGUGAUCAACUUUUGCCACCUUUUGGCCAGCAAAAGUCAAUGGGGAAGCCAGAUUCACUUAACAACCGCGGGCAGAAAUCUCAUAAAAUGGGGCAAAACUCAUUUAACAACUGCCUCACUUAGCAACAGAAAUUUUGGCCUCGGUUGUGAGUCAAAGACUACCAGAAGUUUAGAAGAAAAUGGGACUUGCAAACUUUGAAACAGUGACAUGGUGUAACGUGUGAAUGCAAACAUGAUUGCUUCUGAGCAAACAGUCUCUGCUCAGUUUCCCAAACUUAAGAGAUCCCCCCCCCUUAACUUGUUCCUCCAUCUUGCCCUUUUGUAGGAAUUGUGUCAAAUCUGUACUUUUGGAAAGUAGCUGGUUCUUGUAGCUGAUUGACUUUCAUAUGCAUGGGCGGCUUUAAAAGGAUUGUAUGGUAAUCACCUUUUAGUGUAAUGGGAAGAUGCUUUGCAAAUAAAGACUAAUGAAAUGGUCA